GUUUGAAGUUCGUCACUGCAUUUGCUUUAGCAUCACCAUUAACUGGAAGAUAAACACAUCAAAAUGAAGGGUUUACUCCUUUUAUCCUUCUCAGUGUUGGUCUGGGCAGCAGGGCAGAGAAUGCAGAGGAGCGGCUGGUGAAUUACCUGUUGGGUCCAGAGCGCUACAACAAACUGAUCAGACCAGCUGUUAAUAAGAGCCAGCAGGUCACCAUCUCCAUACAGGUGUCUCUGUCUCAGCUCAUCAGUGUAAAUGAGAGAGAACAGAUCAUGACGACCAACUUGUGGCUGUGUCAGGAGUGGAAUGACUACAGGCUGAGAUGGGACCCAGAAAAAUAUGAAGGCAUCAAGAAACUACGAAUACCAUCCAAACACAUCUGGCUCCCUGAUAUAGUGCUCUACAACAAUGCUGAUGGCGUGUACGAGGUUUCCUUCUAUUGCAAUGCUGUGGUCUCCAACACAGGAGACAUCUUCUGGCUUCCCCCAGCCAUCUACAAGUCAGCUUGUGCCAUCGAGGUGCAGAACUUCCCCUUCGACCAGCAAAACUGUACUCUCAAGUUCCGCUCAUGGACCUACGACCACACGGAAGUGGAUUUAAUCCUCACAAGCGACUUUGCCAGCCGUGAUGACUUCACGCCAAGCGGAGAGUGGGACAUCGUCUCACUCCCGGCUCGCAAAAACGAGGACCCCAAUGACAUCACCUACCUGGAUAUCACCUAUGAUUUUGUGAUCCAGAGGAAGCCGCUGUUUUACACCAUUAACCUGAUCAUCCCGUGUGUGCUGAUCACGUCGUUGGCAAUCCUGGUGUUCUACCUGCCGUCAGAUUGUGGGGAGAAGAUGACGCUGUGUAUCUCAGUGCUGCUUGCGCUCACUGUGUUCCUGCUGCUGAUAUCAAAGAUAGUGCCACCCACCUCUCUCGCAGUGCCACUCAUAGGUAAAUACUUGAUGUUCACAAUGGUGCUGGUCACUUUCUCCACUGUGAGCACAGUCUGUGUCCUCAAUGUGCACCACCGCUCCCCAUCCACCCACCACAUGCCAGACUGGGUCAAACGCCUCUUCUUAAUCCGCCUGCCCACCUUCCUCCUCAUGAGGCGUCCAGGCUCUUCUAAUGUCCGUGAUAAACUCCGCCGGAAGUACGCCAACCAAAGUACUGUGGGGAAAAACUAUUCCCAGACCGGCACAGAGAAGAAGCAGUACUCCAACAUCAGACUCGGUGGGAUCCGAACAGACACCGACUCGUUCUACGUGAACGAGGACUUGGCGCACAAGUUUUGCUGGAAGGUGGGCGACAUCCCAGAUGGGGGUGGUGGGUUUUCAGACUUCCACCAAAGGCGUCUGGCUGUUCAGUGGGAUGCAGAUCUGGAGGAAGCAGUGGAUGGAGUGAAAUACAUCACUGAACACAUGAAGACAGAAGAUGACGAUGAAGGGAUCAUAGAGGACUGGAAGUAUGUAGCCAUGGUGAUAGACCGUCUGUUCCUGUGGAUCUUCAUCCUGGUGUGUGUGGUGGGAACUCUGGGACUCUUCAUGCAGCCAUUGUUCCAAAGCUAUAACACACGGACUGCUGAUGACGCCGAGUAUGGAGAUUUCUAGGAUUUCUGUGACGUAAGAAAGUUAAAUAUGUGUGUCUCAUAGAAAGUAUAACCGGGAAGCUACACCAGGUCUAGCUCUUUGUUGGUUGGAUCAUAACCUACGGAGCCAGCUAUUGGUUGGUUUGCAGCUUCGGACGGACCUUGAGACAGAAUCAUGCUAGAACACCUUUAUUAUUUUUUUUUAUUACUGCAUGGCUUCUAUUUUUGAUGGAUUUUGCCAACAUCCAAGCUCCGCCAUCACCACAGGCAUGGCAAUCUUGAUACACUUUUUAUAACUUCCUACAUGAUGACAUUGUUAUAAAGUUAAGAUAGUGCCUGUGCACAGUUAACAACAUACAAGAUAAGUUGCAGACUGACAAUGUUUAACUUUCUCAAUAUGAAGAAGCACCACAAAGAUAAUGAAAUAUACUGAUCAUUUGUUGUCUUUGUUUCAUUUUGGACUGGUUGAUGUAAGAGUUCUGUACAAUGGAAGCAGGUUCAUUACACAUUACAACUCCUCUGAGAGCAUAAGGUCUGCUCUCCUCUGCACCACUGUUGACAUGAAAAAUAUAACAUUAAACAACAUUACAGUACAAUGGACCAUAAUUUUUUGUUUGCCUGCUCUUCUCAAACAAAGCUUUAUUGUAAUAAAGUGAGGACACUUUGUGCUUUGUGCACUUUGUGUUAUCCUUUCUCUUCAUAAAAAUAUAAAAGCAUCACUUCAAGCAUCUUUUGUUCUGCUUCAGAGCUUUGUGCCUCAUUUCCACCAUCCACUUCCCAAACAGAGUUGUAGUUGUUAAUGCAAUGUCUUAUUUUGAAGUAUGUGUAUUCUCCUCUUGCUUCCUCUUAAUGUCUUUCUCUCACUUCCUUAGUUAUUAUUUUAUUUUCUCUCCUUUGUUUCCCAUAUCACAAUUGUAGCGCCA